GCGGCGCCUGCGCUCGGCCGGGGGAGCGCGGGGCUGCGGCGCGGAGCGGAGCGGGCGGCACCGGCGCCAUGACCGCGGCGAUGCGGCAGCGGUUCGACCGCUUCUUACACGAGAAGAACUGCAUGACCGCCGUGCUCGAGCGGAUCGAGAGCAAGACCGGCGUCAGCCGCACCUACAUCGCCACCGGCAUCCUCGGGAUCGUGGCCGUGUAUCUGGUGGUGGGGUACGGCGCGUCCCUGCUCUGCAACAUCAUCGGCUUCGCCUACCCCGCCUACGUCUCAAUCAAGGCCAUUGAAAGUCCCAACAAAGAUGAUGACACACAGUGGCUGACUUACUGGGUCGUGUACGGCAUUUUUAGCAUAGCUGAAUUCUUCUCUGACAUCUUUCUGUCCUGGUUCCCUUUCUACUACAUGCUAAAGUGUGGCUUCCUGCUGUGGUGCAUGGCUCCCAGCCCUUCCAACGGGGCAGAGUUCCUCUACAACCGGAUUAUCCGUCCGUUCUUCCUGAAGCACGAGGCGCAGCUGGACAGCGUUGUGCAGGACCUGAAGGACAAAGCUGCAGAGACUGCAGACACCAUCACUAAAGAGGCCAAGAAAGCAACAGUGAACUUGCUGGGUGAAGAAAAGAAGAGCACCUAAACUGGAUAAGUUUCCCUACUGCCUCUUUUGCGCAGCUUGAUGUUACUGGGGACUGUGGUAUAAGUUCAAUAAUGUUGCCUUGGAAACAUUUUGAUAUAUUAAAGGAAUGUGCUGUAAGUUUACUUACUACUUUGCUGUGACUGAUAGAGAGUAUGCAUUUUUAUUUAAAAGCAAUGCAGUGGGCAGCAUCUGAAGCUUAAUGAAAAUAUUUUAUUCAUCUUCAUGCAGAAGAAGUCUUUCAGUAAUCUCUUUCUGCAGUAAUAUAAAUAAAAAGUAUAUAUCCCUCA